GUUCAAGUGGCGGUCUUUGUCUGUGUAUUGAAUGUCGAUUUCCUGACCACUCAUUUGCAAGUUUUGCUCUCUUUUCGUGCUUCGUUGGUUUUCCUGUAGCAUGAACACAGCCCUUCUGCUGCUCUUGAUCAUCUCAUAACUUAUCCAUCAAAGACUGUAUUUUGUACAGCUCUUAAAUUGAAGCAUGUCUUUAGAAGAAGUUACGCGUCGCCCUCACAAAACGAUCGUUAGCAAAGCUAAACGAUGGAGUGCGCCGUCGAGAGAGAUGGGCUUCGCUCCAUAUACCCCUGAAAGAAUAACAAGAGAUGUACGCGGUUUAAAACUUCGCCAAAGAGUAUCAAUAGUACUGGGAGAUGAAAUUCUUCGAGAAGAGCUCGAAGAAGUCGUCGGCAAUGUAGAUUUUACCAAUAAAACGACUAAUCUACAAAGCGUGCGUACYUAUCAAGAUUUUUUGGUGCCUACCGUGGGGUUAGGUGCGAAUAAUACAGCACCGGGCGCUGUUAUUACCCCUGUUGCAGACAUCAGAGGGAUGGAUACWAUCAAGCUUUCUAAAGAAGAACGUCUUCUGCGAUGCAAAGUAGCUGCAGUUUAUCGCCUGGCACAAGAAUUUGGUUGGACGUGUUCUGAUGAUCAAGUAUUUUGCACGGCAAGAGCUGUGGAGGAUGACUACUACUACUUCACGUCACCAUGGGGAUUGCUGUGCCAUGAAAUUACAGCUGCAUCCCUCAUCAAGAUGGAUCAAGAAGGAAACACAGUUGAACCAGGAAACACAAAUUUUCUCUACAACAAACAAGCCAACGAACCACAUUGCAUGCUUUAUGAAGCCUCAAAGGAGACAAACUGUGUUAUAUUCAUCACAGCCUUGGAGGUUGUAGCUGUUAGUACAAUGGAAUGUGGAUUGCUACCUAUUUCAAGYGAAGCAGUGGCUGUUGGAGAAGUGACCUACUACACUUUGUCUGGUUAUGAUUUUAGUAAAGAUGACAAAGAAGAUAUUYGUAGAAAAUGCCAAGGAAUCGACAAGGUCUUGUUUUUAAGAAACAUWGGUGCUCUUUGUAUGGGCAAGUCAGUAGAAGAGACUUUCCACGCUGCAUAUUUAUUGGUGCAGGCUUGCAAGUUUCAGGUUCAAGCAAUGAGGGCUGGCAUUGAGAAUCUAACACAUAUUGAUAAAGAGCGCAGAAAAAAGAUUUACGAGUCUGUACAUGAAGGAGAUGAUGCUAACCAAAACAAGAGGAAAAACUGCAAUGUUCUCUUUGAGGCGUUUAUGCGCAGACUGGAUGCAAAGGGUCAUAAGACAGGAUAUGACUAUACAGUGGAUGUCUUAAAGAAAGAACCACAGCCUGAGCCCCCAAAGAUACCAAAGGCAAGAACACCAGCCACAAAGUCCAGCUCCUUCAAUUAUCCACAAGAUAGAGACCGUAACCCGGUGAGGCGAGCACAUACUACUGGGCGUGGCAUGAACAGAACAAAAUUGAAGUGGCUYAAUGAACCAGUAAAAUCUACAGAGUACAGGAAAGAACCCAACUUAGAUUCACCAAACAUUGAAGAUGUGAUUGUGAAAGACAGGAAACCCGAGCGAGAAGACAAGGAUCCUUUCAAGGCUAUCACUGAAGAAACAAUCAAUGUCAAAGAGGAGGUUGUUGCUGAGUCAGCUCCAUCAACAAGCACAGCACAAACAACAGUGACAACAACAGUAGUCACAGUGGAAGAGGUGAAGGAUAAAGAUACCAAGGAGGUCCUUGAUAAAUCUGCCGAUAGAUUUGAUGACAGCAAACUACUCUCACCAGAAGAAGGAAAAGGCAAGAAGAGAAAGAAGGUCAAGAAAAGCAAAAGUUUCAAAGACACCUUGAAAGAGAAGCUUGGUAUGACAAAGAAGGAGAAAGAAAAAGAUCGUCCACAUGAAGUUUGAGGGCUGUAACUGCUGCAAAAGAAACAUGAGAAAGGAAUAAUUAAUGGUGGAUGCGUGAAAAGACAUUGUAUUUGAAUAUCCACUUAGUAAAUUAAAAUUCUUGGGGAUUUAUAAAGUAUAUGACGACAAAUCACUGUAAACUGAUUGAGCAAAACAUUUAAAAAUGUUAUUACAGGUAGAGUGAAUGCACUUAAUCCGUGCAACUGGGCAAAAUCUAAGUAGUUCUAAUUUGUACUAAAAGUGGACCUGAAGCAAGACGGUAUUGAAUGCUUCAUUUGUAUCAAUUUCAAUUUAAUUUGCGUAUCGCAUGCACCAUUUACUAAAUACACCUAAACAUCACUAUUUAGUUUGUACAGUUGCAUGGAUUAAGUGCGAUCACUCUAGUUUUCUGACAUAAAUUAUGUUAAAUGGUUUCUGAAGCUGGUAGAAUCAUCAGGGAAUGAAAGGCAUUGMCAUUGACAACCAGGUAACGCCAAGGAAGUUAGAUAAAAAUUUUACCUAUUUUGAAUAGUCAGGUAUGAGUAUUUCCCAGCUCUUAGAGAUGACAAGGUUGAACAGACCACUUUAAUCUCACUCUGCUGUUUAUGUCAAAUGGUUAUACCAGGUUAAAAUCCUGGUAAUUCCAGGAGCAUUCAGUAGGCCGAGACCUCUCAAGUCUGCAGUAAUUAGAAUAUAUACCUUUGGGCUUAGUCAGUAAUUAAUUUAAACAUAUUAACUAAUCUCUAGUCCUUUACAAUGCCUUAUUUUUUUUAGCUUAAACAAUAACUUAACUCAGUGCACAAUUAUAUUUCAUAAUUUUAUUAAAAUUCUUUAAAAUAUAAAACUAUUCAAAAUGUAAGUUAAGUUCUACAGCAAUAUCAGUGCUUAAACACUGCGUGAAAGUUGUUUUAUAAACAAGAGGGCUGUUUACAAUAAAUAAAACUUUGUGACUCUCA